AUGGUGUCGGGUCCAAGUUUGCAAAUCUGUUUCAUCUUUGCAAUGUUCAAAGUUGAGAGUGCAAUUUUUGAAGAUUUUGCUGAUGUUGUUGUUGCAAAUUGUGCGGUAGUUACUGAUGUGGCAGACGAAAUAGUCAUCAGAACAUUCAAAAAUUUUGUUGAAGGUUUCGCAGCAACAACUGUUGUAGUUGUUGGCAUGGCUGAAAUUGUUGUACUUGCAGUUGCAGUAGACAGUGGUGCAACUACGAAAGACACUCCCGUAGAAUCUGUUGAAACUUUUGGCGCAGAGGUCGUUGCUAAUGAAAAAUCAGUAACAGAAGAUUUAGUGACAGACGUUGGCGAUUUCAGUGCAAUCUGUUUGCCCUUGCUAAAACUAGGCCUCACAAGGCAGUUCUUUGGAGGUGAUCUUGAAGGGAGAGGGAAAACUUUCCCAGGUGUUGUUAGAUGCUUCCUUUUUCUCAAAACUACCGUUUUCAGAGAGCUAGCAUUACUGCCACUACCACUGGAAGUAUUAUUGUCAUCACCCUUGUUGUUAAUGGUAUCAAAAGUAGUAGCAGUAGUAACUGCAGCUGCUGGUGUAGUAGCGACAGUAGUACUAGAUGAGUUAGAAUAUGAUGAUGGCGUUGAAAUCAAAAUCUCUUUGGGCUUAUGUUGUAUGGAUGAAGAUUUUGUAGUCGAGGCGGCUGUAUCAUUGUUUAUGACACUGUUCUGUGUAGUUGAAAUUUUCAGCUUUGUCGAAUUUCUAACUGUAUUCGCCUCUGAACUUGUUUCUGCUGCUGAUGAUGUCGCUGUAGUAGUUGAUGACGUUUUCAAGAUUGUUGAUGGUGCUGAUACUUUCGUUAUCGGCCUCAUAGAAGCCAGAGCAUCGACAGCCAAUGUGGUAGUUGAUGCAGCUGCAGACAUUGUUGAUGUCGUUGCUGGCGAUGUUACAGACAUCAAUAAUGACGAUGUUGACGUAGAUGAAGACGGUAGCGUACUUUUAAUCUUUCCAAUCGCAUCCGUUGACGACGAAGAUGACGUCACAGAUGACGUCACAGACGACUUACUAGUGGCAGCAAAC